UUUUGUUUAUGUGACUGCAUGCAAAUCAAUUAAUUUUUUAAGCCAUUAGCUUUUUAACUUAAUUUAAUUUAAAAAAUAUAUAUUAACUUACCCAAUCCUGAUCUUGCAUAAUGUAAAAAGAUGAAGUUGACAAAUAUAAAAUAUUUUCGUAUGUUUAAUCAGAAAUAUGGAAUAUUUCUGUCCUUUAUAUUUUUAAGUAAAAUCUGUUUACAGUGCAAGCAAAAAAUUGUGAAUGGGUUUUCCAAGUCAGUAAAUUGUAAAAUAUAUUUAAUAUGUUAAAAUUGUUAUGUAUGACUUUAACAGAUACAUACAACUAUUUAUGUUCCUCUGCAAAUUAUACUAACAAUUUUCACUUGGAUGCAACUUACGCGAUAAGGCAUACAUAUAUACACGUAUGUAGUUAAAAAGCGCAUUAUACAAUUAUACAGAAGUUUCGAAGGUACUCUCACAGAUUUUUGAAUAUACACAAACGCUUAUGUGUUUUUGGCACGCUUAGUGUUCUCUCUUGAAACACACAGUGUUUUCAAUAUUUUCUAAGUUGCAGAAAGUGAAUGUAGUAUGAAUGCGAAGAUGAAGGAAAACAUGACAAAUGUAUAAAAUUAACGUUGAAAAAAAAACGAAAGAUGGGAAACACUAUUGCCUUAAGAUCUUAGACGCGCAUUUAAUAUUCUGGAAUUAGGUAUAUGACUAUUGUACACGCUAAACUGUAAUUGUAACCUGUAAUGUAUUUUCAAGCCUGAUGAAUCGAAGAAGAAAUAUGUUUUCUUUUUCUUCCUUCAGGAAAUGCCUCUGCAUUGUAAACUGUCUCAUAUUGAACAUAAAUAUUGUAAUAUUAGUAAUAGUAAAAAGUUCUUAGCUUUUUCUUGGCAAAAUUCAAUCUUUAUUUGAAAACUGUUUUAUCCGGUUUCAGCAGCACAUAAUACAGUACGCCUUUCCAGUCCUCCAGAUAUAAAGUAAAAGCUUAUCGAUAUGAAUAUUGAAUUUUGUAGUGGGUUGUCGAUUGGCUAAGAUCUACCCAUGAUUUUUUGUGCUUAGGAUUGUCGUAUAGUAUUCACUUUUCAUCGUCUGUGAUGAUUUGAUGCAAACAAUUCUUUUGUUUAAACCGAUUUAGCAAAGUCAAUGUGAUGUACCGAUGCAUUUUGUUCUCUUAAGUCAUUCUUGCGAUAUCCACUUUCUUUCCUUUCGGAUCUUUCUCAUUCGAUGCAUACGAUCGAUAAUGGUCUUUUGGUUAACUCCUAGCUGUUCCGCAAGUUCUUUUAAGUUUGCGCUGUGAGGAGGGGCUUUACAGGUGCCUUCAACCUUCGUCUUAGGAUUAUGUAGCACAUGUUCGGUGGAUUUAAAUGUUAUCUUGUUGUUGCUUAUAUAAUUCUUUCAAUCUUCUUAAUAUAUUUAAAUAUUCAAUUUCGUAUGACUAAAUCUUCUUUGAUGCACUUUAUCUGAUUAAUUUCCUCUGUAACCCUCUUUGUUCUUAAUUCAACGUUUAUAUAAUAUCUUCAUGAACAGUACUGACUUUUCAAGUCGCUUGUACCACUGUGUCACAUGGCGUUUUGUAAUCAUUAUCAAAAUCGCAAAAGGGGUAGGAAAACAAUUGAAUUUAAAAUAAUGCUCCGAUCGGUGCAAAACUUAAAGCUGAGAACUUUCUACUGCUAUUAAUGCGUGACUGUUUAUACCUAACAGUAUUUAUAAUUCUCAAUAACGCUCCGUUUAUCAUGAUAAAAACGGAGUGAUUUAAUAACGCAAUUUAAUUAUCACGAACGGAGUAACUGAGUUUCAUGAUCGUAAAUAUAUUGCUCACUAGUUACGCACGCGACAUUUCGCAUUCCGCAUUUAAAGAAAAAAAAAAAAUUGCUGUUUUUUGCUUGAAAACUGUCGAUUGCUGUUUUCUAUUACACGCAUUUGAUUCGUGUCUCAUAGGAAACUCCUCCAAGUCAAUACUAUUACGUAGACCGAAAAAGAAUAUUGUGAUACUCAGUAACUCGUACUAUUUACUAGGAUACUCGACUUUUUAUAUUGCGAUUAAUUAGGAACUUACUACUAGUCCGGUGCAUCCGAAAAUAGGAGAGACGUUAACUUUUGCACUAUACUUAUUAAUCGUAAUAUAAGCUAAUCGUCGUAGCUUUUAUCUGAGGUAUUAGAUACAUAUUACGGAAUAGAGAAAGAGAGAGAAUAUGUAUCGUUUAGCACUGUCAGACUGUAAUCUUGCGCAUUCACUAUUUUUCAAUACGAUAACUUAAUUUGAUACAUAUUGCCAUCUCUUCGAAACAAUAUAUAUACACAUUUAUGAUACGCAGUUUUUAAUUGAUAACAUAUGCACAUUCAAUUUUAUCCUUCAGUGUUAUAUGACUUUGUUAAGACGUUAGAUAGCCUAUUGUUUGUUAAUAUAUGAUGUAGAAUAGUUCUAAGAGAAAAAUGGUCUGGAACACAUUGAAGAUGUGCCAAAAUUUUGGUCAAUUAAUAAUGAACGUUCAUUCAUUCGUUUCGCCGGAAACAGAUUGCCACCGAUUUGUUUCUUUCCGAAAUCUACAACAUAUCACAUUUUUUAAAUCUCUAUUUGAACACAUUAUACUGCACUUUUUAUCGGAACAUUCCUCAAGAUUCGUGACUGCCUUUCAUCAAAACGAGUAAUUAAUCUUGUACUUGUAUAAGCGUUUUAUUCAAGGACGAUGUGUGUAUCGUAUAAUUACUUAUGUAAGUUGAGCAAGAGUAACUUGCAAUAUCAUCACAUUAAAUUUAAAUUCAUCUUUUUACUAUAGGAGUCAUCUGAUAUUCAAGAUUAUUUUUUCUUAAUAUUAAAAAUUAUUUUCCAAAUAAAAACAAAAAAAAAUGAUUUUCUUGUGACACGAAUUUUGGUAUAUCAAUCGAGACACGGAUAUACACAACUUUAGUAUGUUUAGUUAUUAUGUUUGUCAUGUUACACGUUCCGUCCUAAAAUAAACAACUUGUACACAUAUUUGCUAAUAAGUAAUGCAUACAACCAUUACAUUUGCUGCAUGCUGCACGUAUAGGUACGAUUAAUUACUUGAUAAUACAUUAUUCAAUUUCUUCAUUAAAAUCAGAAAUGUAUUAUACAGGUAUCAUUCCAGUACAGUUAAUGUAAUAUGUCAAAAUGGAUAUUGAUAUAUUUGUAAUAUUUUCAAAUUUAACUGAAAAUGGUUACGGAUAGAAGGUGAAAUAAAUAUUGUUUAAAUAUAUCUGACAUAUGAAAAAAAAAAUAUAUAUAUUAAUUUUGCGAUAAAAAUUAUAAAUGCAUAUUUAUAAAUUUUCAUAAUCAUAAUUAUAUAUUUAUAUAUAUUUAUAUAUUUUAUAUAUUUAUAUAUUUUUACCAAUUAUUAAAAAAAUUUUUGAAAAUUAAAUUUUCCUCGUGCUACAAUUACUUAACGUGUACUGGGAUAGAUUAUACAAUUGCAGUAUGAAAAUAUUAUUAAUUAUUUAUCAAUUUAUAUACAAUUGCUCAAAAUUUUGAUGUAUAUUAACAAUUAUUGAAAUUAUGAUUUGUGAAGACGAAAACUGUAUCUUUUUAGAUAUUUAUCGUAUUAUUACAUAAUAAAUUGUUAUCUCUUAGCAAUCUCCUGGAAUUUCAUUUUCUACUAUUACACCGUCCACACAAUUAUAUUAUAUUCGAAUAAUGAUAAGCGAUAGAAAAUUCUGCUAGACGCGUUUCUUCGAAGGAAAAAUUGCAAAUUUCUAUUUCGUUCUGACGAGGGAAGCUAGACCUUGCUUGAAAUGUCACGUACGAGGUGAGAAGCAAGCAGAAGCCUAAUCAAUUACUCAUUUUCCCACGUAACGCCUACGGGGCGCAGAGACGCUUCUCAAAGAGCUUGGACUAUUUUGAACGUUACCUCUCGAGAAGAAGAGGAUAGAGAAAGAUGCACCAGAGAGGAAAAAAAAGCGUCAGAAGCCUUUCACUACAAAAAAGCAAAGGCGUUCUUCCCGAUUCGUUCAUACGAUUCAUCAAUUGGAGCGCGUGCAUUCGGAUAUGAUCCGCUCUAGGGAAUACACUGCACGCGAGAGAUGUUGCGAGCUGGACUUGACCUCGUAGGUGGACCCGAGCGAAGACCGGUUAUUCCGCGCGCGCGGAUCAAGGAAAGACUUCUCAAAUAGAAGCGAAGGUUGUAGACCUUCGCCUACGGCGGAAUCCUCUCCUCAGUGUUGUUAGGGCCGAUAGACAACGGCGUUCGCAAUGCGCAUGCAAUGCACACUCGUGACGGUCUUCCUGCACAACGAUACGCUCGAUCGAUGAAUAUUAAUGCCCUUGCAUCGCGAACUUGACCAAAUCCAAUCGCAUAAGAAUACGAGAAGGCUCCCUCCGACGAAUUGUCAUUAAUUAUAGUCAUAAUUAAUCAAGAUGUAUGCACUAUGUAUACAGAGUAACCCGGAGUUACCAGAUGUCUAAUUAUGAUUUCUAGUUAAUUUGAAAAUUUGUUUUGUCUUCACGGAAGUGUCGAGGAAAGUUGUCAUUAGCGACCACUUUCUAUUUCUUAACAUUAUGAAUUCGUAAUAAAAUUUUUAAUUACAAUUUCUGGUGACUUGCCAUGACGUCUUUUUUUUGCUAAAAAGAAAGCAACUGUGUAUUGGUCGAAGGGGUAAAAAAAAUUGCAAUUUGCGGUGUCACACUCAGUGUGUCAAUACGUUAAGAGUUCCAAAGACGUUGCGUCCAAGACUUUCCAAGAUGUUUACGAACUAAAACAUCUUCGGCUCGGAGCUAAUUGAACAGAAAGGAAAAAAGAAAAAAAAUUUAUUGGCAUUAGUUUCCGCGUGUCGGAUGUACGUUCGAAGAGCGUAUCAUUGAUGAACCGUGCGGAUCUGCUCGUCGAUUAGAAAUUUAUAGAAAUCACCGGAGAACGGACGAUCUCGGGCGAGAAGAGGUCCUGGCGCGAUUCACUUCCUCUUUCCAGGAUAUUUGCACUUUGGCUGGCCGUUACGGCGGACGGCGCUUUCCGCUCAAUUUCCACCGUUCUCGUGGGAAAGUAUUCCUAUUCCAAUUGUGAUACAGACGUAUUCGCGCGGGACGAUUCGCGCGUAACGAUGCGCUAUGCACAGUCGCAGAUUGCAGUAUUUAUCCCGUGCCGCUUGAUUACAUCCUACGAAAUGCGGAAUCUGCAACUUUUUGAAAGGAUAAUUCACAGGUAAAAAUAUCUAAAUAUCCAUAUAAAUAUUAUAAUUAUAAAUAAUAUAAAUAAAAUAAAAUAUUAAAGUUGUAAACGAUAUUUCAUAUAAAACUCUCAAAACUCAAUCAAAAAAUUUGGAAAUCAUUAUUUGUAACACGCAUCUUCUUUCACAAAAACUAUUUCAGCCAGUAACAUCGGACCACUCCGUAAUGAUGAAACUUGAGCGUCACAAAAGCCGGAAGCGGAUGUUCGAGGAGCGUGUCGAGCAAGUGGUCGGCCGGAAACCGAAAGAGAGGAUCCUUCGGGAAGGAGCGAGAGUGGUCGCGACGCGUCUACUGAUUUGUAUCUUCUUCCUUGGUGGUCUUGCUGCUUUGCUGACUUCGUCGCAUAACAGUGCAAACUAAUGGAAAUAUUUUCCGUUCCGUUUCAAGCGGAAAGUCCCGCGAAAGUGCAACUCCGAGAUACGACGGGCAUGCGGGCGCGUUUGCGUGUGCGAACGCUUUCGUUACGGAGACGUGACAGGAAGAGAAGUCCGUGAAAGGCACUGGUCUUUCAUUGAGAAAUGGAAAGAGGAACCCCCCUCGUCAUUAUUCCUAUCCUAAUGGCCUAGACGCGUGAGAUGCGUGUCAACUGGAUGCUAAUUAUAGACGGUAUGUGUGUGAAAAAUUCUAAUCUCCUAUCAUCCCGGCCAGGAAUCUUACAUCGAUGAAAGUAUCGUCUCUUAUCGCCUCUUCAGAUAUUUAUUGAGAUUAUCAAAAGUCAAUAUUUCAAUAAUUCAUAAAAUCACGUCUUGCUUCCAAGAUAUAUCCCAGGUAAUUUGUCGACAUUUUAAUAUCACAAUAACAUCUUUACGUCAAAAUGAUAACAAAUAACGUCAGCUUGCUAUCUGGAAUUUUUUUAGAUUUGUCGAAAAGUGUAUAUGUCGUAUUGUCAUUUUCUGCUCUUGUCUUAUACACAAUCUUUAUAAUUCCGUGGUUCUUUGCAGAAGGAAGUUAUCGAUCGCUGAACUCGGUUUUCACCUGAACGUGCCAUCGAGCAUGUCGGGACGUGCCAGAGGCAGUUUCCAAUUUAUAGCAGCUAGUGUGCUCGUGAAAAUUUGAUGGUGAAAUUCAGAAGUACUGCGAGAGAGAAACCUGCAUAUUUUUGAAGUCGCGGUGUCAAACGGCGAUUUAAAUUCGCCGGUAAAUUUCAACGGUAGUUUAAAAAAAAAACAUUACCUGGAACCUCAUCUGUAUCAUCCUCGCCUCAUGUCGGAGCGUGUCGUGAAUGUGGACGAGCGCCUCGUUCUAAUAACCUACUCCCACACCGUCGAUCGGCCGGAGUGCUCGCUCGCUUGGUCGGUCCCCCGAGUCCACGUCGGGUUCAGUCGCUAGCGACCGGUUCCGAGGUCCGGGCCCCUGUUCGCCGCACGGGUCUGACUCACUAUCGCGGCCGAUGCGAGAGUAGUGCCGCCGGAAAGCAGGGCCUUCGCUUCUUUCCCACGAACAGAGGCCGGCUCGUUUCGUGACCGACAUGCGUCUCCUCGCGCUUGGUCUGACAUUAAUCGUAAGCCUGCUAGUCGUUAGAAGAGCCUCUGCCCAUGGAAGACUGAUAGAGCCACCCUCGAGGGCCUCCAUGUGGAGGUACGGCUUCGACACACCUCACGAUUACAACGACCACGAGUGCUAUUGCGGCGGCUUCACCAGGCAGUGGCAACGGAACAAAGGGAAAUGCGGUAUCUGCGGCGAUGCCUGGGAUUCUCCAACGCCACGUGUUCACGAGACGGGCGGCAAGUAUGGGAACGGCGUGAUCGUCCGGCGUUAUCGGACCGGAUCGGUUAUACCGGUUCGCGUGGAGUUGACGGCGAAUCAUCACGGCUACUUCGAGUUCCGCACCUGCGCCAUGACCUACCAUGACCGGGAGGUCACCCAGGAGUGCCUGGACCAGCAUCUACUACGUGCCGAGAACGGAUCCACCCGCUAUUACCCUGGCCCCGGCAACCGGGUCUUUGAGGGCUAUUACAAAUUACCGGAGGGUCUGACCUGCGCCCAAUGUGUCUUCCAGUGGCGAUAUAUUGCAGGGAAUAACUGGGGCGACUGUGGCAACGGCACAGGAGCGGUGGGAUGUGGACCUCAGGAAGAAUUUCGAGCCUGUGCCGAUAUCGUUAUUGGUGAUAACGAGGCAACGUUACCACCGAGACUACCGAAGCAACCAACCACCAGCUCUACACCAACAGACAGAUUACCGCCAGACGCGAGCCCGUUGCCGAAAUCCGGGCCGUAUUGGCUGUUCAGCAUUGUCAUCGCCGGUACGUGCCUAUUGGUGGUGCUGGCCGCUAUGGCGUUGCUUUACACGUACUACUAUCACGCCGGCAGAGCCAAAAAGUGGCUCAUGGCGAGGAGGCUCCUGGUGCAGGAGAGUCCGCCGGUUGCCCCGCCAAGGCAUAAAAGGCAACAUCACGUAUCGAACACGCAGCUUCAGCUGUAGAGCUCUGUACUUAAUUGACAGUAUCGCACUCUGAAGAAAAGAUAGCUCUCGAAGAGAUUUUUCCGAUUCAAUGCGAUAUCGUCGUGUAAAGUACAUUUUUUUCCUAAUUCUAGAGCCUGACAUUCAGACAUGACACAGACGCAUAAAUAGCGUUCAGUCAUAAACAGACUGCAUUUCAAGCGAUAUAUCUUCAUACUCGGCACGUACUCUCUUGUAUAUAAAUCAAUAAUUUUAUAUAUAUGUAUUAAAAGUAUUUAUUUUAUAUAAUCGCUUAUCUUGUGAUAUAUUUUUUCCUUCAUAUAUCUUAACAUGAAACGCAAAGAUUGAUUUGUAUCAACAGUUUAGAUUGAUUAAUACU